AUGAAGAAGUCAGUAGCGAUAUUAUUCUUAACCCUAUAUGCCCAUCAUGUAGUGGCAUCGCCUAUCGUGGAGAUACGCCCGAUAGCCCCUCGAGAUAUCGUUAAGCCUCUCCCUGAAAGAGCGACAGAAGACGACAAGAAAUGGCAACCUUGCGCCUUUAUCUACGACUACUACUUCGGGAAGGACGUCGCGGUCCCCUAUGCUAUCGAUGCCGGCGGUCACCGCAACGAGUGGGAGCACGUCAUCGUCUUCGUCAAGGAUGGAAAAGCAGAAUACGUGGCAGUCGGGAUUCACGGAGACUUCGACACGCGGAAGGCGGAGGAUGUCAGAUGGGAAAACGGAACUCACCCGAAGGUUGUGUAUCACAAGCCAGGAGGGAGCACCCAUGGGUGGCGCUUUGCCAGGAAAGAUGAUGAUAACAUCGAGAACGAGAAGGGAGUUUGGUUUAACCCCUAG